CAAAGCGAGCCCGCCGCAGGAGGGUUUUAUUCUCUCGAGUUGCUCCACUCCGGCAGCUUCAGCCGCCGCCGAUCUGUCCUCCGUUUGCGGCAGCGAUGGCGCUCUCCUCCUCCUGCUCGCACCACCUCCUCCGCCCCCUCCUCCGCGGCUUCCACGCCUCCAGGCAGGCCCUUGCGCGAGCGGAGCCGCACGAGUUCUCCAAGCCCAGCGGCUACCUGGGCAGCUGGGAGCCCGCGGGCGAGCCCCGGGAGGCGUGGGCGCGGCUGGAGCGGCUGCGCAAGGGGUACGCGCGCGACGUGCGGGGGCUGCGGCGGCAGUACGCCUACGAGGUGCAGCUCCUGGAAGCCGAGCGGCAGCGCAAGGCCGAGGCCCGCGCCGAGGCCGCCCGUGUCGCCAACGAGGAGCGCAAGGCCGCCAAGGCCGCCGCCGCGCAGACGCGCGCGGCCGAGCGGCGCGCGUUCGAGCAAGACUUCCGCCAGGCCCUUAUGAAAGAAAGAGUUGAGAAGCUGGAGAGCUGGAGGAAAAAGGAGAAGCUCAAGGAGCAGAAGAAGGCAGAGCACAAGGAGCUCCUGCGCAAGAAGAGCAGUAUGUGGGUUGCUGAGGGUAAACUGGAAGAGAAAAUACUCGAGGCUAUCGUGCAUACUACACCCCUUUGAGGCUGAUGCUGUGAGGAAAUUUGCUAAUGAUGUAGUGGUGGACAUUUGGAAUCUUUACAGUUAUUCCCUCUGAGAACUACCUUGUACUCCAGUCAGCAAUAAAAACAUAUUUUGCAAAUCAGCUUUGUGUUAUGUAUUAAUUGUUAGUCUGGAUUCACAUCAAUUUUCUUUUGAGGUUUUGGAAUUGACGUUGUCAAAUAGAGAGACAUAGCUCUCCCUAAACUAUUGAAUUCUACGCAGAUGAAAUUAUAGCAGGUGAUACUCUAA